AUGAACUCUUUUCCCGAAGAGGCGCUUGAUUUCAUCAUCUCGGAGUUCUCUGCAUCGGAGGAUGGGGAAAGGGAACAAGAUGCGAAGUCCCUUUUCAGUCUAUCUUUGGUCUCCUGCAAGCUUCAUCGGAUUGCCAAACCGUAUUCGUACCAAAAAGUUCAAGUGAACUUCCAAACCGGAUCCUGUUUGCGGCUGAAACAGACUCUAGAAAGACGCUCAGCACUUGCUCAAUAUGUCAUAGGAUUUAGUACCAAAUCCCCACACGAUCAGUACAUAGGCGGUUCUGAGAUGUAUCCAUAUAAGAUAGAAGCACUUCAUGAUAUCAUGGUCAUGUUACCAAACCUGCAAUCUUUCGCAGCUUCGCAGAAAUACGCGCCACACGUUUUAGUCAAUGUGAUCAAGAAACUGCGUCAAAGUGACCAAGCCAGGCCACAUGUAUUUCAGAGUUUCUUGGGUCUGAGAAAUAUCGAUCUGGAUAUAUACAGCUACGACCUCAAGCAGAUUACUCCUAUUCUACAACUCCCAUUAGUGGAAACCCUAGCAUUAUGGAAUCUCAGCCUCACUACCCCUUCAGUGACUUAUAUCGACGAUGGUGAGGAGGAAAAAAGAAGAUCUGCAUGGAGAAUUACAAACACAUCUAUAAAGUCUCUGUCCAUAAGCACUUCGGCACCAAAUGAAGAAGAUCCGAACUUCCAAGCCUUUGCAAACAUCUUCGCCUCGUUAAAGGCCCUCAAGAUGCAUGAGUCUGAGGAGCUUUACGGUGCGGGUAUGUUCCGCUACGUCGUUAAAACCUUUGAGAAAGCCUUCAAAUCCUCACUCAACGAGUUGGAAAUGAUGGACCGAGGUGCCAACGAUGUCAAUGAAUCAGAAGGUUCGUUCUCGAGUCAACUUGAGCACCCGUACCUAGACGCCCUCAAUAUCCUCAGGAACUCAAAACCAGGGCUUCCAACGAGGCGUAGUACUGUACGAUUGGGCGAUUUUGAGGCCUGUACGGGUGAGAUUUUGUGUACGUUCGUACGACAGGGAGGAGGAGAGAGACGCAAGAUUAAGGUCUAA